UGCUGAAGGAUGGUCCUGACAGAGGCAGCGUGUUGUGCCACACGCGCCGCAAUGUUUCACUCAAAACUUUUGUGAGCUGUGACAGGACACUUCUUCAGCUUCAGACACUGAAGAGCUGACUCCAGCAAGAGACAGUGCGACAUCAGCUGUCAUUCCAGUGAACACAGCGCAUUGACUGAAGAGUGUUUUGACACGCCACCUGCAGACAUGAGUACCACCAAGAAGAUGGAGGACGAGGCGGUGGUGGACAGAGGGGCGUCCCUACUCAAACACAUGUGUGACGAAGAGGAAGUGGAAGGGCAUCACACUGUUUAUAUUGGGGUGAGGGUUCCCAAAAGCUACCGAAGAAGGAGGCGCCACCGACGUAGAACUGGUCACAAGGACAGAAAGGAGAGAGUGUCCGAGAACGCUGAUGAGAAGUCAGAUACAGAAAACAACGAAGAGGCCAGUAAUAGCAUCCUCAAACCUCUCAUUUCUCCUGCAGCAGAGAGGGUCCGCUUCAUUCUUGGGGAAGAUGAUGAUGGCCCCGCUCCUCCUCAGCUCUUCACUGAGCUGGACGAGCUGCUGUCUGUGGAUGGACAGGAGAUGGAGUGGAAGGAGACCGCCAGGUGGAUAAAGUUUGAGGAGAAAGUAGAGAAAGGUGGUGAGCGCUGGAGCAAGCCCCAUGUGGCCACACUGUCCUUACACAGCCUGUUUGAACUGCGCACUUGUAUAGAGAAGGGGACCAUAAUGCUGGACAUGGAAGCUUCCACCCUGCCUCAGGUUGUUGAAUUGAUCACUGACAACCAAAUUGAAAAUAGCCAACUAAAAGCAGAUCUGAAGGACAAGGUGAUGUACACGUUGCUACGGAAACAUCGUCAUCAGACCAAGAAGUCUAACCUGCGCUCGCUGGCUGACAUCGGCAAAACGGUCUCCAGUGCAAAUAGCCCCACCACAACACACCGGAACCUAACGUCCAGUAGCCUCAAUGACAUUUCAGACAAGCCAGAAAAGGACCAGUUGAAAAACAAGUUCAUGAAGAAGUUGCCCAGAGACGCGGAGGCCUCUAAUGUGCUCGUGGGUGAAGUGGAUUUUCUUGAUGCCCCUUUUGUGGCAUUUGUCCGUUUGCAGCAAGCUGUAAUGCUGGGAGCGCUGACCGAGGUGCCUGUCCCCACAAGAUUUUUAUUCAUCUUACUUGGACCAAAGGGAAAAGCCAAGUCAUAUCAUGAAAUUGGCAGAGCCAUCGCCACUCUGAUGUCUGAUGAGAUCUUCCAUGACAUUGCAUAUAAGGCCAAGGACAGGCAGGAUCUGCUGGCUGGUAUUGAUGAGUUCUUAGAUGAAGUCAUUGUGCUUCCUCCUGGAGAGUGGGACCCUGCCAUUCGGAUAGAGCCUCCGAAGAGUCUCCCCUCUUCGGACAAAAGAAAAAACAUGUAUGCAGGCGGUGCAGGAGGAGGAGGAGGAGGAGGUCCACAGAUGAAUGGAGAUAUGCCUCAUGAUGGUGGUCAUGGUGGAGGGGGACACGCAGUAGGUGAUGAGCUGAAAAAGACAGGAAGGUUUUGUGGAGGCCUCAUUCUUGAUAUCAAAAGAAAAGCGCCUUUCUUUGUCAGUGACUUCACCGACGGUUUGAACAUUCAAGCCUUGUCAACCAUUUUGUUCAUUUAUUUGGGAACUGUAACAAAUGCUAUCACAUUUGGGGGUCUCCUUGGGGACGCUACAAACAACAUGCAGGGAGUCCUAGAGAGCUUUCUGGGCACAGCAAUUGCUGGUGGAGUCUUCUGUUUGUUGGCCGGACAACCUCUUACUAUUCUGAGCAGCACCGGGCCUGUUCUAGUGUUUGAACGGCUCCUCUACAAGUUCAGCCAAGAUAACGCCUUUGACUACCUGGAGUUCAGACUGUGGAUUGGCCUAUGGUCUGCGUUCUUCUGUUUUGUACUUGUGGCUACAGAUGCCAGCUUCUUGGUGCAGUAUUUCACCCGCUUCACAGAGGAGGGCUUUGCCAGUCUCAUCAGCUUCAUUUUCAUUUAUGAUGCCUUCAAGAAAAUGAUCAAGCUGUCCCACCACUACCCAAUCAAUUCUGACUACAAACUGGAGUAUGUCACGCACUAUGACUGUGCAUGCAUGGCUCCUAUUGUAUUAGAAAACAGCACCAGCGCACAGCUUGAUUCUGAUUCUUUGGAUAGUUCUUCUAUGUGGAUCCUGAAUGGAACAGAACUGCCAAUAAACAGCACAUGGUCGACCCUGACAAGAAGUGAGUGUCUGAAGUACAAGGGUGAGCUGGUGGGAGAAUCGUGCAAGUUUGUCCCCGACAUCGCCCUCAUGUCCUUUAUCCUGUUCUUUGGGACCUACACUUGCUCCAUGUGUCUGAAGAAGUUUAAGACCAGUCCGUUCUUCCCCACUACUGUGAGGAAGCUGAUCAGUGACUUUGCCAUCAUCCUGGCCAUCCUUAUCUUCUGUGGAGUAGAUAUGCUGGUUGGAGUGGAGACUCCUAAACUCAUUGUGCCAAGUGAAUUUAAGCCAACCAACCCAACUCGAGGCUGGUUUGUGCCCGUGUUUGGAGGAAAUCCAUGGUGGGUUUACCUGGCCUCUGCUCUGCCUGCACUACUGGUUACCAUCCUAAUCUUCAUGGACCAACAAAUCACUGCAGUUAUUGUCAACAGGAAGGAGCACAAGCUGAAGAAAGGGGCGGGGUACCAUCUGGACUUGUUCUGGGUGGCUGUUCUCAUGGCGCUGUGCUCCUUCAUGGGGCUGCCCUGGUAUGUGGCCGCUACAGUGAUUUCCAUCGCUCACAUUGACAGUCUAAAGAUGGAAACAGAGACCUCUGCUCCCGGAGAACAGCCCAAGUUCCUGGGUGUCAGAGAGCAGCGGGUCACUGGAGUAGUGGUGUUCAUCCUGACAGGGCUGUCUGUUUUUAUGUCUCCUAUUCUCAAGUUCAUCCCCAUGCCUGUAUUGUAUGGAGUCUUCCUGUACAUGGGAGUUGCUUCACUAAAUGGAGUUCAGUUUAUGGACCGUCUGAAAUUGCUUCUGAUGCCAGCGAAGCAUCAGCCAGACUUGGUCUACCUGCGCCAUGUUCCCCUGCGCAAAGUGCACCUGUUCACCUUCAUCCAAGUGCUGUGUCUGGCCCUGCUCUGGAUCCUCAAGUCCACUGUGGCAGCCAUUGUGUUCCCUGUAAUGAUUCUGGCCUUGGUGGCAGUCAGGAAGGGUAUGGAUUACAUGUUUUCUCAACAUGAUCUCAGCUUCCUGGAUGAUGUCAUUCCAGAGAAGGACAAGAAGAAGAAGGAGGAUGAGAAAAAAAAGCGAGGCAGUAUAGACAGUGAAGCUGAAGAUUCUGACUACCCUUACAAUGAGAAUGUCCCCAGCAUUAAAAUCCCUAUGGACUUAAUGGAGCAGGAGCCCUUCUUAGGUGAUAAGGCCUCUGACAGAGAUAAGUCCCCGGCAUUCCUUGAACACCAAACGUCAUGCUGAGCGCAUGGACUACUACCAGGCUGACUACACGUCAAGCCCCGACAUGAGUCCUCUGAAGUCUGUGCCUCAGAUUAGAAUAGACAUGGAUCCAGAUGAUGACUACGAUGAAGACAAC